AUGCCCACUGAUCAGGUAAACUCCCCGGACGGCAAGGAAAAUGGCUCAGCAUCACAAAAUGGAGCCGCAUCUGAGGAGUUCUUCGAAGCAAUCGCUGCUCUACAGCCACAGCAACAGGCUGCACAUGUCGAUAAGUUCGAGCGCCUUGAGCUACCACCAUUUUGGACGCAACAAGUGCAAUUGUGGUUUAUCGCGGUCGAAGCCCAGUUCCAACUGAGGAGAAUUACUGCCGAUGCAACCAAAUACUACGCAGUGGUCGGUCGCCUUGAUCAGGAUGCACUCAUCAUUGUAGAGGGUAUUAUUACAAGGCCUCCUGAAACUGAUAAAUAUGCCGCGCUAAAGCAAGUUCUAGUGAAUCAUUACAGUAUUUCACAGGAGCGCAAAUUCAAGAUGCUGCUAUCGGGUCUGGAGUUGGGUGACCGACGACCAUCGGAACUUCUCGCAGAAAUUAAUAGGCUGGGCGAAAACAAACUGGAUGCCGCAUUCAUUCGAUUUAUGUGGCUCGAUCGACUCCCACCUCAGGUACAAGUGGCACUUGCUGUCUCAAACGAACCUGACAAUACAAAACUCGCUCUGCUGGCCAACCGUUUGAUGGAGGUUCAGCGCGAUACUGGUAACCGGUAUGUUUUGCCAGUAACCCACGCAGCUACCAACGAAAGCAAUGUUUCACUUGACCAAAUCGAUAAACUAGCAAAGCAGUUGGAGAAGGUAGCAAAAACGUUAAACCAAGCGGCCUUCGCUGACAACCGCGCGCAGGUGAAAACACUCAGCAAUACGUCGAAUGAGCCGCAAAACUUGAACACCAACAGCACGCCAACGGUGUGCUUUUAUCAUCGUAGGUUUGGCAUGCGGGCUAACAGAUGCACGCAACCAUGCGCAUUUAUUCAGAGUCAGGGAAACUCAAGCAAGCCUCAGUAG